AUGGAGAAGAAGUCCUCUCAAGAGGGCCAAGACUCGGCCAACAGCUACAAUCUCAAUGUCGAGGCCUCCCAACCCGCCGAGACGGCCGAAUUCGGUCUCGCCGGCCAACAUGAUCAGCUCGAGCGCGGCCUCAAGAGCCGUCACAUUCAGUUCCUCGCCCUCGGCGGCGCCAUCGGUACCGGUCUCUUUGUCGGUUCCGGGGGCAUCCUCAGCAAGUGCGGCCCUGCCCCUCUCUUCAUGGCCUACCUCUUCAUGAUGUCCGUCGUCUGGUGUGUCAUGAACUGCCUUGCCGAAAUGGUCACCCUCCUCCCCAUGCGCGGCAUCACCGUCCCCUACUUUGUCGAGCGCUUCGUCGAUCCCUCGCUCGCCUUUGCCGCCGGCUGGAAUUACUGGUACGUCUACGCCAUCCUGGUCGGAGCAGAAGCCUCGGCCGCCAGCAUCGUCAUCAACUACUGGCCCGGCGCUCAAAAGAUCAAUGUCGCCGUCUGGAUCACCAUCAUCCUCUUCGUCAUGCUUUUCCUCAACAUCAUUGCCGUUCAGUUCUUUGGCGAGGCCGAGUUCUGGUUUGCCAGCAUCAAGCUCAUUACCAUCCUGGGCCUGAUCAUUCUCGGCGUCGUCAUCUUCUUUGGCGGCGGCCCCGACCAGCAGCAUAUACGAGGCUUCUACUAUUGGAAACAUCCAGGCGCCUUUGUUCAGUUCAAGGGUGUCCCCGGCUCCACCGGCCGCUUCCUCUCUUUCUGGCAAGCCUUCAUCACGGCCGGUUUCGCCUUCAUUACCUCGCCCGAGCUCAUUGCAAUUGCCGCCGGCGAGACGGUUGCCCCUCGUCGCAACAUUCCCAAGGCUGCUCGUCGCUUCGUCUGGCGUCUUGCCAUCUUCUACGGAUGCUCUUCUCUCAUUAUUGGUAUCCUCGUCGCCUCGGACGAUGACAGGCUUCUCGGUGCCCUCGCUGACGGUGCCGGUGGUGCCGCCGCCUCUCCUUUUGUUAUUGGCAUCCAGAGAGUCGGCAUCUCGGUCCUCAACCACAUCAUUAAUGCCGCCAUUCUGACGUCGGCUUGGUCCGCCGGAAACUCGUUCCUCUACUCGGGCAGCCGUGUUCUCUACUCGAUGUCCUUGACCGGCAAUGCUCCUCGCAUCUUCUCCAAGACGACCCGCCUCGGUGUCCCCUGGGCCGCUGUCCUCGCCACCUUUGCCGUUGGCCUGCUCUCGUAUCUCAAUGUCAGCAACUCUGGCGUAGAGGUUUUCAACUGGUUCGUCAACCUCUCGACCAUUUCCGGCUUCAUUGCGUGGAUCAUCGUCAUGAUCACGUACGUCCGCUUCCGCAAGGCCCUCGAGUACAACAAUGCGAUGGACAUUCGCCCCUACAAGACGCCCCUUCAGCCGUAUGCGAGCUAUUUCAUGAUUGGCCUCGUCUCUCUCCUCACCAUUACCAAUGGCUUCCAGAGCUUCAUGGCUCACCCUUUUGUCCCCGCCGAUUUCAUCGCCGCCUACAUCACCAUCCCCAUCGUCCUGGUCCUCUACUUGGGACACAAGCUCUGGUUCAGAACCCGCUGGGCGAUCCCCGUCCACGAGAUUGACAUUGUUACUGGCGUCAAGGAGAUGGACGAACUAGGAGAGUUGGAGAAGGAGCGUAUCCCCAAAAACUGGGUCCAGAGGGCCUGGUUCUGGCUCGCGUAG